AUCCCGCCAAGGGAGCCGCAGAGCAGAGGAAAAGCCAAAGUGGGGAGAGGGGAAGAAAGAGACCAGUGAGCCACCGUGCGUGCCGGCGGCAGAGAGAGGCGCGGCCGCGAGCAGCAGUGACUCGGGUACCUGGACUCCGGGCAGAAAACCUCGCCCCGACCAACAAAGGCAGCCUGAGCGCACGCGGCACGUUUGCAACUCCGAAAUGCAGACUCAACAGUACCUGCAGCAGCGUCGAAAAUUUGCAGCUGCCUUCCUGGCAUUUAUUUUCAUUUUAGCAGCUGUGGAUACUGCUGAAGCAGGAAAGAAAGAGAAACCAGAAAAGAAAGUGAAGAAGUCCGACUGUGGAGAAUGGCAGUGGAGUGUGUGUGUGCCCACCAGUGGGGACUGUGGGCUGGGCACCCGGGAGGGCACCCGGACCGGAGCUGAGUGUAAACAAACCAUGAAGACCCAGAGAUGUAAGAUCCCCUGCAACUGGAAAAAGCAAUUUGGAGCGGAGUGCAAAUACCAGUUCCAGGCCUGGGGAGAAUGUGACCUGAAUACUGCCUUGAAGACCAGAACUGGAAGCCUGAAGCGAGCCCUCCACAACGCUGACUGUCAGAAGACAGUCACCAUCUCCAAGCCCUGUGGCAAACUGACUAAGACCAAACCUCAAGGAAUAAUUGAGCUGUGGCCAGCCUGGGCUGACCGCGCUAUAUCAAAGAUCAGAGCAGAGAACCCUUCGGGGGGGGGCGGUGCAAAUAACUGUUCUCCAAGCCACAAGUGUUUCUCAGUGGUCCCCUUGGAGGAUGGACUCACUGUAGAAUUAGAAGACGGCCGAGCUGAAUGGGACUCAGGAAGGGCCCUUCUGUGGGGAAGCUGUGGUCCUCCAGGCAGUGCUCAACAGAAUCAGAUCCUGGCUCGUGAGCAGGACGUGAUCAUCCAGUUUGGCUCUUGCCGGAUCCUUGUUCCUGGCAUUGCCCGUAUACUCUGCCUCAGCCACAUCAAACUCCCAGAGAUGGCCGAAUGGGCCAUGAACUCUUAUAUGUCCAUUUCUCUGCACCUAUGA